AUGGUGUCUGGCAUCGGCUUGGAGGUGGUCCCUUUCCGCAAGGUAAGACAGCACUUUCGGCGUCCCUUAGGUCACGUCGUGUCCAUGCCUGCCAAUACCGUCUGGGGUAAUUGCUUCCGUUUAUCUGUACCCAAUUCUAUGCUGCUCGCCAAGUUGGAGGGCUGUCAGCGUGUGACUGUAAAAUACCCACGGAAGACAAACUUUCAAAGCACCGUACCCACAGAAGCCACCACUCUAAGCGUUCCGCUGUCAACUAUUCCAGCUUCCACAGAAUCAAAACUGGAAGCUCAAUAUUUCCCCACACAGCGAGCGCAUCCCCCUUGGCCAAAUGCACUGCGCACCACCCCCAAGACUCUCUCACUCUCUUCCUCCUUUCCCCUCAACGGGUUUUCGCCUCAUUCGACUACACCAGAAGAAACCCAUCUUCCUCUGGCAAAUGUUAUAAUAUUUGCCGAAAAUGUCCCCCUUGCGUUGCACGAACAACUUUACCAGUAUACCCUUAUAACCUUUUACGGUAUGAUUGCUAUUGGAUUAGUUGCCCUUGUUUCUGGUCUAAUGGCUCUCUUGUUGAUGUGCCGGAGGAAAGCCAGAUUAACAGCUGAGGCUGCGGAAGCGCAGAAACGUCUAAAAAGUAUGAUUUCUGUUGUUUAG